AUGUCAUUCUUAAAUGACACCAGCCUAACUCCAGUUUCAUUCAUCCUAAAUGGCAUCCCCGGGCUGGAAGAAGUACAUUUGUGGAUCUCCUUCCCCCUGUGUACCAUGUACAGCAUUGCCAUCACAGGAAACUUUGGUCUUAUAUACCUCAUUUACUCUGAAGAAGCCCUACACAGACCUAUGUACAUUUUCCUAGCCCUUCUAUCCUUCACAGAUGUGCUCAUGUGCACCAGCACUCUUCCUAACACCCUCUGCAUAUUGUGGUUCAACCUCAAGGAGAUUGAUUUCAAGGCCUGUCUGGCCCAGAUGUUCUUUGUGCACACUUUCACAGGAAUGGAGUCUGGGGUGCUCAUGCUCAUGGCCCUGGACCGCUAUGUGGCCAUCUGCUAUCCCCUGCGCUAUGCUACUAUCCUCACAAAUUCAGUCAUUUCCAAGGCUGGACUCCUCACUUUUCUUAGAGGUGUAAUACUUGUUAUCCCUUUCACUUUCCUCACCAAGCACCUGCCAUACUGCAGGGGCAAUGUCAUACCUCACACCUACUGUGACCACAUGUCUGUGGCCAAGAUAUCCUGUGGCAAUGUUAGGAUCAAUGCCAUAUAUGGUUUAAUGGUUGCCCUCCUGAUUGGGGGCUUUGACAUCCUGUGCAUCACAAUCUCCUACACUAUGAUCCUCCGGGCAGUUGUGAGUCUAUCAUCAGCAGAUGCCCGGCAGAAGGCCUUUAGCACAUGCACUGCUCACAUCUGUGCCAUUGUCAUCACCUAUGUUCCAGCCUUCUUCACCUUCUUUACUCACCGGUUUGGGGGACACACCAUUCCUCCACAUAUACACAUUAUUAUGGCUAAUCUCUACCUGCUCAUGCCUCCCACAAUGAACCCUAUUGUGUAUGGGGUGAAAACCAAGCAGAUACGAGAAAUUGUUAUUAGAUUCUUGUUUAAGGAAAAGGACAAUUCUCACAACAUUUAA